AAGACCCCGGUCUCUUCCCCUUUACACAGACGACGAUCAGCUGUGGGUCUGUCAGCGGAGUUUUAAAUAUUCUUCCCGUUAUCUCCUCACAGGAUAAAUUUUUAGCAAAACAUGUCUACCAACAGUUUUGCAGAUCCAAGGAGACAAAAUAAGAUUUUAAGGUACAAACCCCCCAGCACAGAAACCAACCCCACACUAGAGGACCCCACUCCUGACUACAUGAAUCUGCUCGGCAUGAUCUUCAGCAUGUGUGGUCUCAUGCUUAAGCUGAAGUGGUGCGCCUGGAUUGCCGUCUACUGUUCCUUCAUCAGCUUUGCAAACUCUAGAAGUUCAGAAGACACCAAACAAAUGAUGAGCAGCUUUAUGCUGUCUAUUUCAGCAGUGGUGAUGUCGUACCUCCAGAACCCACAGCCAAUGUCUCCCCCAUGGUAACCAAGGGCCAAUCACAGAAGGAAGCAGCAGUUGGACACCAUUGCCUCAAUCUCCCCUUAAGAAAUGAGUCCUAUUUGCAACAACCACAGAAACAGUAAAGAAAAUAAUUUAAUAAUGUUAUGUUUUUUACUGUUUUAAUCUUGUAAGAUUUUUUUUGGUUGCUAAUGGAAUCUUUAGAAUAUGAUUGUGUAGAUUUUUGCAUACUGUUCUGAAUAAAGCUAUCCAAUUAUGUAAAGAA